GCAGAGCUCAUCCAGAACAAAGUAGUCAGAAUGGCUAAGUCGACAGAUGCGCUUGUCUUGUGGCUUCCAGGAGCCAGUGGGACCACCUCCAAAGGUGCAUUGCAACUACACGCGUACAUGUCCACACACUACAACGUACGCGUGACGAGACUAGAUGAUCACCACAAUGGACGUGUGCCGUGGAAGAAGGGGAAUGUGGGGUGUAUGGAGAAUAUUAGGCUCAUAACUGACUGCGUAGGUAGUCUUAAAGGCGUAGAUAGCGACAAUUUGCCGGUGUACUUGUGUGGUGCUAGCUUUGGCGGGCGAGUGGCUCUGGAGGUCAUCGCACAUGCCUAUUCUCACACCGGUAAGGAGAAACAUCUGACAGAUUUCAAACAGAAGAAAGAUCUGACGAGUGAUGGCUGGGAUGUAGACAUGCAUGAACAUACUAAGAACUUGGCGAAUGCAGGGAUACUGUGUGGAUACCCUCUCUACCCUCCGGGAGCUGCCCUUCCUGAAGUUAAUUCCAAACGUGACAGAAUACGCCACCUGCAAGCGGUGUCCUGCGCUGCAACGCGUCUGUUGUUUGUCACAGGUGAUGCAGAUGAGUUCGUUACACGCGCAUACUUAGAUAGUAACAACACGGGGCCUGAAGGUCUCGAGAAAGUUGUAAGAAAGGUGUCCAAGGCGCAAAGUACAUUCCAUGUGGUACCCAAAGGGAAGCAUUCUGUACCGGAUUGUGGCGGUGGUAUAGCAGUACAAGAGAGUGUGGUGGAGAGUGUGGCGCUAGUCAUUGCGCGGUUUAUUGGUGCACACGUUCGUAGUGACAAGGAGAUUGUAAACGAUACUGUGCAUGCUAAAACACAAACAGGGGUGGAUGUAAAUGUUGAUGUUGCACGGUAUAUAGGAGAUAAGAAGGUGGCUUCAGACAAUCAAACUGCCACUUCAGGGCCCAAUGAAGAGCCAAAAGACAAGUCGGAUACACCAGCACGUAAGCAAACGGGGAAGAAGCAGAUCACUGGCAAGCGUAAAGGCAAUCAACCCAACUCUAGCAAGCAAGCAGAGGUGGAUAGAGUCGAGACUUCGAUUAGGACGGCGGAGAAUGGCGAGGGAGAUCGAAAUCAUACUGAGACUAGUAGGGCCGUCAAGCGUAAACCAGCAGCAGCAGAAAUGGUAACCCGCAGCGGCAGACCCGUCAGACAGUGCAGAAGGUAACCGCUACAUCGCACAGCGAGAGAUGAGUGUCCGCAUUGUGCGUCAGGCAGACGAGGCGUUAGAUAGUGCAGGUGAUCAUCUUACUAUAUGGUUGUGAAGGGAACUAGUGUGGGGUGUAGGUGACCAUCUUACUACAUGGUUGUGGGGGGAACUCGUGUGGGGUGUAGGUGACUAUCUUACUACAUGGUUGUGGGAGGAACUAGUGUGGGGAGUAGGUGACCAUCUUACUACAUGGUU